AAACUCUCCUGCCUUUCUUCCUCGUCUUCACAUUGCCAAUUUUUCCUCGCUAAUGAGGAGCUCUAUGGCUAAAUCCCAAGUACUUCUCCUCCUUUCCCUGACAGCUUUUCUCCUGCUGGGCUCUUCCUCUGCAACACCGAAGAAAACAGUGGGAAUCUAUGAGCUUAAGAAAGGAAACUUCUCAGUUAAGAUUACCAACUGGGGAGCCACAAUCCUCUCGGUUAUCCUCCCAGAUUCCUACGGAAAGUUAGAUGAUGUUGUACUGGGCUAUGAAGGGAUUCGUCCAUAUAUUCAUGGGACUACUUAUUUUGGUGCAUUGGUGGGGAGGGUUGGCAGCAGAAUUUCAGGGGCUCGAUUUGUUCUGAAUGGAACUGCAUAUAGAUUAUAUCCCAACGAUGGAAAAAACAGCAUUCAUGGGGGGCAUAGAGGAUUCAGCUUUGUCAUUUGGACAGUCAAGGAGAAGGUUGAUGGUGAAUUCCCCUACAUAAAAUUGUAUUAUUACAGUUUUAACAAAGAACAAGGUUUCCCGGGCGAUCUAGAUGUCUAUGUGACCUACAGGAUCUCUGGUGCUUAUGAGCUCAGUGUCACCAUGGAAGCUACACCACGAACAAAAGCGACACCCGUAAAUCUUCUCCAACAUUCCUACUGGAACCUCGGUGGCCAUAGCUCCGGCACAAUCUUAUCCAACACUGUCCAGAUCUUUGCCUCCAACCUUACACCACAAGAUGAUCAUCGCAUCCCUAUCGGCACCAUCUCCUCAGUAUUUGGCACCCCUUACGACUUUCGCAACCCGAACACCAUUGAAAGCCGAAUCAACGAAGUUGAGGGUGGCUAUAACGUGAACUAUGUUGUCGAUGGUGAUGGAAUGAGGAAGGUUGCAAUUGUAAAAGAUCAUCGGUCUGGCCGAUCGAUGGAGCUUUGGGCAAACCAACCAGCAGUGCAGUUCUACACUGCUUAUUAUCUAAAUGAUGUUAAAGGCAAAGGAGGGGCGAUAUAUGGGAGGUAUGCAGGCUUAUGCUUGGAGACACAAGGGUUUCCUGAUGCUGUAAACCACCCUCAGUUUCCCUCUCAGAUUGUGAACCCUGGGGAGGUUUACAAACAUGACAUGUUGUUCAAGUUUUCUUUCUAAUGUGAGGAAAGAGGCCAAGCUUUAGUUCAUUUUGCUGUUAGAUGCAUUGCUGAUUAGUUUUACAAAAUAAGGUGUAUUCUCUUUAAGUGUUUCUUCUAGCUUGGCCUUGAAAGGGAGUAAUAUGGAAUUUUUGAAAAAUUGCUAUGCUUCCUAAAACUGUUUCAAAUGAAAAAAGAAACUUGUUUA